UUUUCUGUUACUAUCCCUAAGAUUAAACGCAUAAAGAGGCGUACUAACGGGGGGGUUAACCACCCCCCGAAAUUGUUGGGAAGACUUUCAUAAAACUUAAAAAAUUAUUUGCGAUCAAAUAUAUCUGAAGACUGAUUAGUCAAUCUUUCAACUGAAAUCGAAAUCGCUGAAGAAUUAGACAUGGAUAAACUUAUACCUACAGAGCUUUGUUUCUCUAAAAGCAAGAAAAAUCAAUUUUAAAUAAAAGCAUAACGAUUAUAAAAACUUUAACAAUGGAAGAGCUAAAGGACAAAAGUUUACAUUUAACAGCAGAAAAAUUAGCCGAGGAACUUCAAAAAAUGGACAACUAUACCACAUUUUAUGAAGAUUUGCAGGUAUUAGCUGCGUCAUACGACGUAUCAAUAGAUGACUUUAAAAAUACUUUAGUCCAGGCAGUAAAUAAAGGAAGUAUGGAAACAAAUCUCAGAAAUGCAGUAUUUCACUGGUUAAGAAGUCAUGAAAAUAAUAAACAAAUGGUUGUUAGGGAAGAAAUAACGAGUAGAGAAUCGUUAGAUUAUUUGAGAAAAGCUCAAAUUACUUGGGAAAGAAGAAUACAAAAAUCAUUGGAGUCUAUGUGCGAGGAAAUUGGUAUACAUUUAUCUUAUUAUAGAUCCAAAGCAGAUCGAGAUGAAAUGUUACAAAAAUGGAACGAGCUCAGUACAUACAAUACUAAUUUAGAACGUUUGAGACCAGUUUAUGCUCCAAAAGAUUUUUUAGAAGUAUUAUUUUCAUUGCAUAACCCUAAUUAUCGAAUGAUAUCAGAUGAUAUGAUAUGGGACUUUACCUACUUACCGUUGAAAGUUAAGACACUGUCUGAACUCAGACAUCUCUAUAGAGAUUUAGCCACAGCUGAUUUACUCUUGGGCUUAACAACGUUGACAAAAAUGUCCUGUGGUUCAACGUUACAAGGAGAACAAGAGCGAAUCGCUUUAGGAGAAAAAGUUUUAGAAUAUCAACACGCUCCAGUUUGUCAAGAAUUUUUGAAACUAUGUGCACCACGCAGCCUUCGAGGCAGGCUUUGGACACAGAUUCUAGGAUCCAAUGUUAAAUCGUCGGAACAACAUUACACGGAACUCAAAGAACGAGUUUUGAAUUACGACAUGUUGAUAGACAAAUUAAUUACAAAAGAUGUACAACUAACAGCAUGUAAUGACGAUCAGUACUUCGUCUUCGAAGACGUUCUACACCAGAUAAUGUUAUGUUUCACUCGUGACACCGAUGUGUUGUCCGUAUUCAACAGUUCGACGAGUCAUCCGAUUUUAACGUCGUUGAAAGGCAAGCCAUCCAAGGAGGCUAUUUAUCCCCCAAACGGCAUUAUACCAUUUCACGGUUUCACAAUGUACGCGGCUCCUAUAUGCUAUCUGUUCAACGAUCCUGUUUCAUUAUAUUCUACAUUCCGAGCGUUCUACCUGCGUUACUGGUUCAGACUGCACAAUAUAAGCUCACACCCACAAAGCAUUCUAGGAUUAUGUAUUUUAUUCCAGCGACUUUUACAAAGACACGAGACAAAUAUCUGGUCUCACUUUAUGAGCCAUAAUAUACAUCCCAUCAGGGUUGUUUUCAAAUGGCUUAUGAAAGGUUUCAGUGGAUAUUUACUUCCGGAACAAUUACUAAACCUAUGGGACAUGAUUAUAGCUUACGACUCUCUGGAAGUAUUACCACUAUUGGCAGUCGCUAUUUUGAGUUUUAGAAAAGACAAUCUACUUCAAGUUAACACAUUACAAAAUGUAGACUCUGUUCUAGUUGAUUUAUCAUCGCUCAAUGUGAUGUCUCUACUACAACUAGCACUAAAAGGACCAAACCAAAUAUAAUAAAUAAAAAAUUUUCAAACAUAAUGUAACAUUAGAAUAAAUAUUAAAAAUAAUUAACAAAUGUAAAAUGUAAAUCAAUUUAACAAACAAAAAUUGGUUGAGAUUAGAAGAAAGAGUAUAACUCCAAAAAUACAAACAUUCCCUAAAAAUGUAUUAAGUAUGAAAUACAUAAAAUGCCUCAGUUUACUUAUCUAUUUAAAUGGAAAUUUUAUAAGAAAAAAGCAAGCUUCUUC